AUGGGUGCUAGUCCACAUUCUGGACAUUCACACAUGCGUCGUAUUCACAAUUUAGCGCGCUUCAUCGGUGAGAUCUAUAUAGCGAAAAUGAUUUCCCUAGCAAGAUUGAUGUCGAGCACCCACACUCGACGUUCUAAAAACAUUAUACGUCAGAGUUCGUUUUCGCGUUAUUCGUGGCGAACCGCAGUCGCAAUUAGAACGAAUUCGGCAUCGAAAGACGGGUUUAAUUCGGCGGAAUUAGGAGUGCGGAACCUGCUCUUCCCCGUUCGGGAAACUCCGGAAAUUUCAAGAGUUCGAGUCUGGACGUCUCGAAGGGGAGAACGGAAAAAAGAACCCAAAUGUGGAAGGAGGACCGGGUAUAGGGAUCGGGGUAUCGCCAACGUGGAUUUCAUUCAAGGAAGGAAUACAACGCUAGACCGCGAUGCUAUCUUGCAAAUUACUGUUACUAUGCGGCUCAUCGAUUAUUCCAACAUGAGCCGGUGGUUAUCACCAUCGACGAGAUUUCGCAAUAUUAUAUUUGGUGGAAUAUAUUUUUUGUGAUAAAAAUUAAAAAAAAAAAAAUAAAAAGAUUUCAA